AUGGCCAGUCGAAUUUAUUCUGCCCGCAACAACCGCAAUCAGUCCGCUGUGGCCCGAGUCUUAGGCUCAGAUAUGAUGGAAGAAAUAAAACGGUCUGCCGGCACAUCGUCUCGAGGGCGUGGAGAGGUAAAUGUUGAGGUCCUACUUCGGGGAGCUGAGAUUCUAUGCAACGUCUAUCCCGUCGCUGGUGCACAAGAAAAAAUUGCCACUCUGCGCUAUCGCCACAAGUUGAUCGCUGAGUCCAUUGCUCAACUGGAGAAUCGCGUUGCUACCAACACAGCGGAACUCGAGUCCAUGCGACACUCGUAUGACGAUGACGAGUAUGACUUUUCCCCUAUGCCUGAAGCAGACUUAGAGGCACUGCAAGUUACGGAUGAAGAUAUCGAGCGCGAAUUGGCCGAAAUUCACGACUUGGAGCGAAGGAAACGAGCUUUGGAGGAGCGUGUCACAGGCAUGGAGCGAGACCUGGGUGGCUUGAUGGGUUAA